GAUCUGAAGGAUUUCUAACAUCCCCAGUUUAUGGCCCAGGAGCUGGCAGUGCCUUUUUCAUGUGGGCAGCCACCAGAGCAGGGCGUGACUGUGUUUGUCUGUGUGUCUGUGUGUGUGUGUGUGUGUAUUUCUUCCACCCCCACACACCUACUGGAGCAUCACAGAAAAAGCUACACUAAAAAAUGCCAACAGAUGGUGGGAGGAUGGGCAUCUAAAUGGCUAUAACCUUUCUGGAAAGCAAUUUGAUACCAACUCCAAUUUAUCCGUGAUCUUUGAUCCAUCAAACCCACAGAUAUAUAUAUAGAGAGAGAGGGAGACACAAGGAUUUAUUGAUAAGGGGGUUUACUCAAGACUUAUUAAAACAGUAACAACCACUUAAUGGUCAUCAAUCAGAAAGUCAUUAAAAAUGACUAAAUAGCCAUAUACAGGUUUACUGCAGGGUAUGCCAUAAAAGAGAGUGAUCUCCAACAGCUGAUGUGACACCCACACAUAUGCAGGUAUGUGUAUGUAUAUGUACAAAUACACGGGUACACACAUAUGUACAUAUAAAGAAAAAGAAAUCCACCAAAAUCUUUCCAGGGAUGGUUAUCCAUAUCUCUAGACAGUAGGAUCAUAAGCGUAUUUAAUUUCAUCUGCAUACUUUUCUGUAUUUUUCAAAUUCUGAGCGAUGAUCAUUUUUUCCUUUUGCAACGCAAGUUGUUUCAACUGCAGCAAGACAGAUGACAAGCAGUAGCAGGUGGAGAGGAUUAGCUGAGAGGCUUGUCACACAAAGAAAGGCAUUUUUUCAGGGGAGGAGGGUGGCUUUUUUUGUCCUUCCUCAAAGAAUACAAAAAUUGGAUGAACUUCUACCAGAAUGGCAUAGUAACAAGCAGAAAAAGGAAUGAAUAACAUUACUGCUUAAAUACUGUGACUUCCCUCUUCUCUGCAAUCCCACCAAGUUUUUUCUUUCUUUUGAAGAUUCCUGAGUUGAGGGAGACCUGAGAAUGAGUCCCUGAACUCCAUGGCACACUCAACCUGCAGCAGCGACCGAUCGGACAGCACAGACUGCAGCUCGCAAUCAAACCUGAGCCUCUCUGUGGGUUAUUUCCCCUCGGAGGACACCUUCUCCUACGAAAACACCAUCUCCUGGGAAGACAAGUCUCCCAAGGGUCUUCCAAUCCUUGUCCCUCCGAUCCAAGGGACAUGGAGGACAGAGAGUACAGGCAGACUCCUGAGGAGACAAGACCAGAUUCGGGACGACCCAAAGCAGUUCUGCAAACUCAGCAUCACCCUGGCCUGGGAUGUUGAUGUGGGCUCUAACAAUUCAGGCUCCGUAGCUAGUUGGGACCCAACUGGAAGCAAUCAGUGGAUCAACAAGUAUCUUGAAGAGAACAGACAACUGACUCUCAGUAAACUGGACAGUCUUGUACAAAAGCUUGAGACAUUUCUAGAAAAUCAGAAAGAUGACGAAGAUGAUGACUCUGCAUUCCCUGGAUCUGCCCAGGAGGAAGAUUCCCAGUUGUUUGGCAGCCCCCCUCUAGAUAUAGCUCAGGUCAGUCAUCAAGAACAUGAUACUUGUCAGCACUUGUCCCACGCCUGCCAGCAUGAAGGCAUCAUCCAGUUUCCACAGAUUCCACCAAGACUUCGGGAACAUGAACUUGCUGAGAUGAUAAGCCAGACAACUGCCAGCCAAAUGACAAGCACUACAGAGACCUCCUCAGUCUCAUCAGGUCAGCCGGAGAAGGAGGACACUCAUUCCAGGACACGGGCCCUCUCCUGUGUGAACUUCAGGUGGGUCUUCCGCUGGCUAAGGCAGCAAGUCCUCUCCUCACUUCUCAGGAGACCACACCGCAAGAAGGCCACUGAGAGCCCUCAUAAGUUGGCACGAAAAAAAAGACUCUCUCACAGAAGCAAGAGAAUCCAACCUCAAGAUUCCCUCGAAUUAGGACACCCUCUAUCGCCAGAUUUUUUAACCUUUUGAUAGCCCCCAUUCUACAAUCCCCAUGAGUUAAUUGUUUUCUAAUAAAUAUAACACAUACUCUUAUAUAGUCAUGUCUUCCUCUUCCAGCCCACCAUC